AUGCCACUCAAUGCCUCAUUUGACGGGCCAGCUGGUGCGGCCGCGAAGGUGUCCAUCAUCGACUCAGGUUUUCGACUCUCCGGCUUACCCACAAGCAUGUUACUCACCCCGUCAGUGGAAUAUUACGAGAAAUUACCUGAGCUUGGCUCGUGGUCCUUUCUUGUGGAAAGCUCGAAGGGACGGAAGGUCUUGUUCGACCUUGGCGGCCCUUCUGAUAUCAGUCUUUUCCCUCCUCAGGUGGCUGAAGCUGUGGAGAAAGCCGACGCCAAAAUCGAGGUCACGAGGACUGUUGCAGAUAUCCUGAUUGAGAAUGGCAUUGAACCUGCUCAUAUUGACAGUGUGAUCCUUAGCCACGGACACUGGGAUCAUGUUGGGGAUAUAACAGUCUUCCCAUCCACAACAGAGCUUGUAGUCGGUCCCGGGUUCAAAGAAGUGUAUUACCCUGGCUAUCCAACAAAGCCGGAUGUCGAGCUGUCAGAAAGAUACUUCGAAGGCCGAAAUGUGCGAGAGAUAGACUUCUCCUCCGGCAACAAAUCAUGCAUCAAGUACGGCGCCUUCCGUGCGAUUGACUUCUUUGGAGACGGCUCUUUCUUCCUUCUAGAUACACCCGGUCAUGCUGUGGGUCACAUAGCAGGUCUGGCACGAACAACUACAAGCCCUGAUACAUUCAUCUUCAUGGGCGGCGAUGUCUGUCAUCAUGGGGGUGAAAUCAGACCUUCACCCUAUCUUCCUAUUCCGAGUCAAGUGCGAUCCUUCCACUCGAGCUCUCUCAACUCACACCAUACCAGCUACCUAGACGGUGACCUAUACCGAGAAUGGAACAUACAAAGGGGCAGAAAGCCUAAUGACACUUUCUUUGACCCUAUCCUCGCUGUUGAUAUCUCUCAGGCAAUUCAGAGUAUUAAGGAGGUGCAGGAAGCAGACGCACAGGACAAUGUGUUCUUUGUAUUCGCCCAUGAUAUGCAGAUUUGUGGUGUUGUUGAUUUCUUUCCGGAGUCAGCAAACAAUUGGAAGAGCAAGGAAUGGAAGGGGAAAGCAUUGUGGAGUUUCCUUGGGGAUUUCACACCAGCAGCCUUGUCUAAUCACUAG